AUGGAGACAUGCAACAUCUCCAAGUCGAUCUUGUCCAUCACCACCCCAGGCGUCCAUCUAGUCCCAGGUGACGACAAGCUAGCCCGCAAGAUCACCCACCUCUGCAACAACGCCGGCGCCGAACUCAAACGCCGACGACCCGACCAAUUUGGCUUCUUCGCUUCGUUGCCCGUCCCUGACAUCAGUGGUGCUCUUGAAGAGAUCAAGCGGGCCUACGACGAACUCGACUGCGACGGCGUGACUUUCGAGACGAACAAGCACGGCGUCUACCUCGGCGACCAGCGCCUAGAUCCCAUCUUCGAGGAGCUCAACCGCCGCCACGCCACCGUCUUCAUCCACCCUACCACGCCAUGCAUGCCCGACGGCCACACCGCCGCUGUCCCCGUCACGCUCUUCCCCCGCUCAACCUACGAGUUCUUCUUCGACACCUGCCGCGCCGUCAUCAACCUCUUCGCCUCCGGCACCGUCUCCCGCAACCCCUACAUCACCUUCAUCAUCCCCCACAUGGCCGGCGCCUUCCCGCCCCUCGUCGACCGCUUCUCCCGCGUCGCCCCCCUUCUCGGCCUCCCGGGCGUCGACCCCCAACUCUCCCCCGACUUUGUCCGCGAAAGGCUCAACCGCCAGUUCUACUUCGACACCGCGGGCUGGCCGUUCCCGGCACAGGUGCACGGGCUGCUGCAGUACGUCACGCCCGAACGCAUCCUCUACGGCUCCGACUUUCCGUUCACGCCGCUGCACGCCGUCGUCGCUUGCUGCGAGGAGCAUGAUGAGCAUCUGCCCCAGGUGUUCAAGGAAGAGGUCGAGAAAGUUUGCACAGGCAAUGCUAAAAGGCUGCUGAAGAUGGAAUAA